AUGUCUGUGGAAUCCAGUCUGGUCACAGUGCCUGAAAUGUUUCAGAACCUCAAGCUACUACAGAUGGAAAAAGACAAAAGACAGGAGACAGAGGCUUCACAACAGGAACAGAAGUUCAGUGUCUUGUCCCAUCAGCUCACACAGUUCCAGUUGGACAUGGAAGACACCAGAGCCAGUCGACCACUUCCACAGGAUCAGAAAGUGCCAGCUGGAGAGCCUUUGUUACUAAGGUUAGUAGACAAUGAAAGAAAGAAAGAAAGAGAAGAGUCGAGCAGAAGAAAGAUCUCAGAGCGAAGACAAUUUCCCUAUGAACAGUAUAAAAAUCAACCCAAUCCUUCUGUCAAACCCUCUCUGACAGAAGUGACGAAAUUAAACAUCAUGAGCAUGCUCUCCUUACCGGCUCUGUUCCUGCUCUCCGGUGUCCUCUGCGGUGCUUCGGCGGUGGACCCUGUUCCGACCUACGAGCGCGAAGACCCGCUCACAGGGCACACCCUCAUCUGUGACAAGUGUCCACCCGGCUCUCAUCUAACCGCGCACUGCACGGCCACCACGCCCACCCAGUGCGCGCCGUGCAAAGGCGAGCAGUACACCGAGUUCUGGAACUACCUGCCCAGGUGUCUGUACUGCAGCAACUUCUGCUUUAACAACAAGGAGGUAGAGAAGGAGUGCUCAGCGGUCAACAACAGGGUCUGUCGGUGCAAAGAGGGGUUCUACUAUAUCGAUGACUUCUGCGUUGAACACACACAGUGCGGGCCCGGACACGGUGUUCUAACCAGAGGUACAUCAGAAACGAACACUGUUUGUGAAAGUUGUGCCGAGGGUUUCUUCUCCAGCUCAUCAUCUGCGCUUGAUUCGUGCGUAAACCAUCAGGAAUGCGCAAACGGACAGAUUGUGCUCCUCCCCGGUUCAGUUUACCGCGACACAGUGUGUGGCACCUGCACGGAUCUUGCCAAUGGAGGUGAGACUUCCAGGACAUUCCUCUCAGCAUUCUUCAGUGAUCACAGGAUGCGCGUGUCGAAAAUGAAGAAAUUUGUGGCCAGGUACAUUCAUAAGUCAGGGGGGGGGAGGCGCACCAGGGGCACGGUUCUCCCCAGACAGAGAGGUCCUCUCCUGGAUCAAAUCAGAGCAUGGCUGGCAGAGAGUCCAGAAGUGCAGGUGGAAAAACUGCCAGCGAUGCUGAGGGCCGCACAGCUCAGCUCCAUGGCAGAAAAACUGGAGAGGAGAGUCGAUGAGAUCAAGCAGCAGAACUGUACAGCAGUUGAACAGUGAUGUACACUGACAGAUUGGUAGAUACAGUAUAUAAUUACAUAUACCUCUUUCUCUUAUUUACCCAUUUGAAAACAAGUAUUUUAACAUAUUGUUUGACACAUAUACAAUUUUAACACAUAUAUUUGCAUGUUAAUUGAGUGCCUGUACCUGUUUCAUAGAAAUGUUAUUAUUAUGAGUAGUAGUAAUAGUAUUUUCGCUACUGCAAAAUGUACUGAUGAAUCUAAAAGAUAAAAAAGGCUGUGAUGAACAAGAUGUUGAAAAAUCCUGUACUGGCAUCAGUGUUGUUUGUGUAUCUUUAAUUGGAGUCAGACUAUAACUGUGCUUCAGAUUGAUAAAGAGGAAAAAUGACUAAAAGCAGCCUACAAAUUUGGAAGAACCUUCAAGUAAAUGUAAAAAAUGCCAAUAUUGUUGGAUGACUCAAGUGUCAUAUACAUACAUGUGUCAUACAAAAGGGAGCUAAACUAAAUGUUAUCAUUGAAAUGUAUGAUGUUCUGUAAAAACUGUGAUAUCGAACUGGAAACUUUUGUUAUGUUAUGUGCGGCAGCUAAAUAAAGUACAUAUUGAAAUCUAAAA